UUCAUAACAUUCUACUCAUCAAACUUGAAGCUUAAGAGUUAAGAGCAUAAAAUUAAUCAACUCUUAUGCUUGUUAACAUGGCUGCUUUCACAAACCAAAACUUCCAACUCUUAUGCUUAGCCUUAGUCCUCCUCUUGGGUCUUUGGGCCACCCCGUCCUUGGCUCGUCCUCUCGACGAUCACAAGUCCUUGUCGAUUCACGAAAGGCACGAGCUCUGGAUGGCUCGACAUGGCCGUGUAUACAAAGAUCAGAUAGAGAAGGAGAAGCGUCUCAACAUUUUUAGUAAAAAUGUUGAGCGUAUAGAGAAUUUUAAUGGCAAUGCAUCAUCAAAUAAGUUGUUCACAUUAGGUGUUAAUGCAUUCAGUGAUCUAACCAUUGAGGAGUUUGUAGCCACUCAUACUGGCUAUAAGAGGCCAUUUCAUUCUGAAUCCAUGUCUGGUUCCUCCAUGACUAAAGGGUUAAGGUUUGACCAAAAUCUCAAUGACAUGCCACCCUCAUUGGAUUGGAGAGAAAAGGGAGCAGUCACUCCCAUAAAGUACCAAGGACAAUGUGGGUGUUGCUGGGCAUUCUCAACAGUGGCAGCAGUAGAAGGGCUAAAUCAAAUCAAAACAGGACAAUUAAUCCCACUCUCAGAGCAGGAACUCCUCGAUUGCGUACAAAACAACAAUGGUUGUCAAGGAGGUUGGAUGACAAACGCUUUCGAUUUCAUCAGACAAAACCAAGGCCUGUCGAGGGAAGACGAGUACCAAUACCAAGCUACAAAGGCUCAGUGCCGCGCAACAUAUCCUAGCGGCAAUGCAGUGACAAUAAAUGGGUACCAAACUGUUCCUCGGAACGACGAGGCAACUCUAAUGCAAGCAGUUUCGCAGCAGCCUGUUUCCAUCACCAUCGACGCUAGUGGGUACGAGUUCAUGCACUACAAAGGAGGGGUCUUCAAUGGAGAUUGUGCCCAAAACUUGAGUAAUCAUGCUGUUACAAUUGUUGGGUAUGGCACAGAUACUGAUGGGACUAAUUAUUGGUUGUUGAAGAAUUCAUGGGGAGAAACUUGGGGAGAAAAUGGAUAUAUGAAGAUUAUCAGAGAUCAGAAUCAAUGUGGCAUUACCUUAUAUGCUUCUUAUCCUGUAUGAUUUUACAUACAUGCAUGGGAGAAACUAGAUAGACAAAAGCCAGAUACAUCAUGCAUGCAUGCAUGGGCAGAUGGGCUGACUUUGGCGAAUGUUUUGUGCUGGCUUGAGCAUAGUUUAUUAUAAUAUAUAUCGUGUUUGUUUAUUAGGUAUUUUAUUUUGAUCAUCACAAGUGUGCCAUAUAGGGUCACACUCUUUUGUAAUACCGUUGCGUUAAGCAUUAAUUAUUUAUGAAAAAUGUUAUACUUAUUGAUA